ACCACUCCCUCCCUCCCUCCCUCCGCCGCCGCCUCCCCGCUGCCCACGAGCCAGCGUCAUCCCCAGCUCCGUCCCCCACGGCCGCACCCUCCGAGUCCACGAUGUCUUCUGGAAAUGGGAUCGAUGGAGAUGAAAAGUCUGAAGAGACGCAUAGCAAAGAUGUUAGACGCAUCAAGUGUGAUUUUUGCACUGUUGUUAGGUCCAAGAUGUAUCUCAUUCGAGCUCACAUGGUUGCUCAGCACAAGGAUGAGUUAGACGCAUCAGAAAUCUAUAACUCAAAUGGUGAAAAGGUUGUUCAUGGGGUUGAACACUCAUGUGAAGAGUGCGGAGCUUGUUUCCGGAAGCCAGCUCAUCUGAAGCAGCACAUGCAAAGUCAUUCCAAAGAGAGAUCCUUCGCCUGCCCACUUGAAGACUGCCCCUUCAGCUAUAUAAGAAAAGAUCACUUGAACUGGCAUAUGCUUACACAUGAGGGCAAGUUGUUUACAUGCCCUCUAGAAGGUUGUGGCAAGAGGUUCAGCAUCAAGGCGAAUAUUCAAAGACAUGUUAAGGAAAUGCAUGAGGAAGAACCCGAAUGCAAAAUUGAUGACACUAAAAGCAACCAACAGGUUAUUUGCCAGGAGGAGGGCUGUAAAAAGGCUUUCAAGUAUCCUUCACAGCUGAAGAAACACGAGGAGUCACAUGCCAAAUUGGACUAUGUGGAAGUAGUCUGUUGUGAGCCUGGCUGCUUGAAGACAUUCACAAAUGCCAAGUGCCUGAAGGCUCAUAACCAGUCUUGCCAUCUAUAUACUCACUGUGAUAUUUGUGGGGAGAAACACCUGAGGAAGAACAUUAAAAGGCAUCUACGAGUUCAUGACAAAGUGCACUCUACUGAAAGGCUGGAAUGCAGUUUUGAUGGCUGUGAAUGCUCCUUUUCCAACAAAUCAAAUCUAACCAUGCAUAUGAAGGCGUGCCACGACCAAGUCAGGCCUUUUGAGUGUCGGGUCGCGGGGUGUGGCAAGACAUUCCCCUACAAGCAUGUCAGGGACAAUCACGAGAAGUCGAGUUGUCAUGUAUAUGUAGAGGGCGACUAUGAGGAGAUGGAUGAGCAGCUGCGCUCGCGCCGAGGAGGUGGGCGGAAGAGGGCGGCCGUGACGGUAGAGACGCUGACUCGCAAGAGGGUAACCAUCCCCAGCGAGGUCUCAUCGCUGGACGACGGGGCGGAGUACAUGCGCUGGAUGCUCUCCGAGGGGGGUGAUUCGAACCAUGCCGAGUAGGCGUGUGCUGCUGUCUCUUAGUAUGUUGUUGCAGUACGUUUUGGAGGUUGUCAAAUGUAUAGGGGGUCUCUACGGUGUUGGGGCUCAAGUCGGUGUAGUAUGCAUGUAUGUAUGGAGAGUUAUGAUUUAGUAAGUAUAUAUAGUAUUAGCAAGUGAAGCAGUCGUGUUAUAUAUGGGUAAGUAGUAAGUACUCCAGUAGCUUGUUUGGAGCUAGUAGCAGUCCGGGCAUUUGAGUCUGUUGUAAUGGCCAUCUUGAAGCUGUGUUGUAGUUUGGAUGGCUUGUUGCUGUUGUGGUGGGAACGAGUUUGCUGAAUAUAUACACGUUUUAACCAAGAAACUAAGAAUGCUCUAGGAA